AUGGGUGAAGAGGCUAGGAAAGAAGAAGAGUUUGAACAACCAACUGACAAGGAAAACGAAAGGAAAGAAACACCUGUAGUGAGAGCACCCAGCCCCGUGAAAGCUUAUGUGCCACCAAUUCCCUUCCCUCAAAGGUUACAAAGAAAGAAGUUGGAUAAUCAGUUUGCCAAGUUUGUGAAGAUUUUCAAGAAACUGCACAUCAAUAUUCCUUUUGCAGACGCAAUUGCCCAAAUGUCCAGCUAUGCAAAAUUCUUGAACGAGAUCCUAUCUAACAAAAGGAAGCUGGAAGAACAUGAGACAGUAUGCUUGAACGAGGAUUGCACAAUACUAUUGAGAAAGCUACCUCCUAAACUAAAAGACCCAGGGAGUGCCAGUGUUAAUUUGACGCCUCUCUCCAUUUACAGGUCUCUUAGAUUAGGAGAAACAAAACCUACAAUAAUCUCUUUGCAACUAGCCGACAGAUCGAUCAAACGACCAAAGGGAAUUAUUGAAGAUGUGCUGGACUCAAAUAUUCCUCUGAUCUUGGGAAGACCAUUCUUGGCUACUGGGAGAGCAUUGAUUGAUGUGUAUGAUGGAAAAAUGAUUCUUCGAGUGGACAAUGAGCAAGUCAUAUUCAACGUGUUCAAGAGCUUGUGGCGAAUACAUUUGAUAGAGCAUCACACAAAUCUUUGUGAGACAGAAUUUGCACAAUUGGAAGCAACAAGUGCAGGAAAAGCUGAAUGUAUUGUCAACUUAGCCGAGCAACCCAUAGGAAGAUGGCAUUGGCAGUAUGAAUCUCUAGGAGACAACCCUCCUCCCCCGAUACCCUCAAUGGAAAAGGCACCCACUCUUGAACUUAAGCCCUUACCUUUCCAUCUUCGUUAUGCAUCUUUGGGAGAAUCGUCAACACUGCCAGUAAUCAUUGCAAAUGAUAUGACAAGGAAGAGGAGAAUAAAUUGUUGA